AUGGAUGUUUGGAUUCUUCUCAAACGAUGGAUUUUGAUUGAUCGUAAAAAACGCAUGCCAUUUUGUCGUCAAUUAGUGAAGUCCAUUCGCUAUAAUUUGUUGAAUGAUAAACAGAAGGAUGAAAUUAAGAAAGACCUUAUACGUUUUAAAAUGAACAAUAUCGACGAUCAAAAUAUAGUUUGGUCAAUGAAUACUGAAAAAAGAAUUCAUCGUGAUUUGCUGAUAACGAUUGGUGGAUGGGAAAAAAGUGGGCCAUCAAAUAUUGUUGAAGUACUAGAUAUUAAUGCUAAUAAAUGGCGACGUGUGGAAACAUUUGAGGAUAAUCGUCGAAUAGCUUAUCACGAAUGCAUCGUUAUCAGUAAUAAAUUGUAUGUUAUCGGUGGUUUCGAAGGAUCGCAAUAUUUCAAUACCGUACGCUGCUACGAUGGUGAAACAAAGAAAUGGCAUGAAUUAGCUCCAAUGCAUCAUGCAAGAUGCUAUAUAUCAGCAUGUGAAAUCAAUGGUACAAUUAUUGUUGCUGGUGGUUCAGAUGGUAGAUUGAGGCUCCGAACUGCUGAGGUAUAUGAUGCGCGCAAAAAUCAAUGGACAAAAAUUCGGAAUAUGGUACAACGACGAUCGGAUGCAGCAGCAUGUGCAAUGGGUGGUAAAAUGUAUGUUGCUGGUGGAUAUACCGGUGAAACGGUAUUACAAACGGUUGAAAUGUAUAUACCGGAAAUGGAUAUUUGGACUGAAAUUGCUCAUAUGAGUACACCAAGAUCUGGCCUUGCAUGUGCGGUGGGUACAGAUUUUAUACUAAUCGCCGGUGGAUUCGAUGGUAUGAAUCGAUUAAGUAGCGCGGAAAUCCUACGAAUUGGAAGUGCUCAUACUGUAAGCGUUGAACCAAUGCCAAUAGCAAGAUCAAAUUUUGCAAUGUGCAAAAUGGGAAAUUAUUUCUAUGCUAUUGGUGGUUACAAUACAACGGUGACUAAAACAGUCGUACGUUUCGAUGGCAAAAAAUGGGAAAGAAUUUGUGAUAUAUCAGUUCCACGUAGUGCUUUACGUGCCGUACUUUUAAAAGCUUGGUCUGAUCCAAUUCAGUUACUUUCUGAUACAAGCGUAAAUUCAAAAGACACGCAUCAUUCACUGUGUGAUACGGAUUCUUCAAAAUCUAAAGAAACUGAUAAUUCCAAAAUUACAGCAGUAAACAACGAUUCCGAUUAA